ACCAUAGAGAUGCGCAGCUUCGGCGGCACGCGUUGGCGGACUCGCUUCGUGUGAGGCGAGUGGGCGGUACAGCCCCAUGCCGGAGGCCCGAACCUGGUACCCAGGGUUCGAGUCCCACCCCAGCCCCGUGGGCGACCUCGCGGUGUCUCCCCUGCUCUCUGAGCACCUCCCAGACAGGCCCAGGACCAGGCGGCGAGGCGGCCCUCGUGGGGUCCCCAGUCUUUACGGCGAACAGCCCAGACAAUGAGCAACAAGCUGGACUGCGAAGGCCCGGAGCCCAUAGAGGGCUGCAGCCAGGACAGCAGCGAUGCCCGGGGCGGCCCUGCGGCCCCAGCACCCCGGGAGGAGGAGGGGGCUGGCGCUGCCGCAGAGUCAGCGCCCCAGCCCGGGCUGUACAGCUACAUCAGAGACGACGUGUUUACCUCGGAGAUCUUCAAGCUGGAGCUACAAAACGUGCCUCGCCACGCCAGUUUCAGUGACGUCCGACGCUUUUUGGGCCGCUUCGGCCUGCAGCCCCACAAGACCAAACUCUUCGGGCAACCACCCUGCGCCUUCGUGACGUUCCGCAGCGCUGCUGAGCGGGACAAGGCCCUGCGUGUGUUGCACGGUGCCCUCUGGAAAGGCCGCCCGCUCAGCGUGCGCCUGGCCCGGCCCAAGGCUGACCCCCUGGCCAAGAGGAGGCGACAGGAAGGUGAGGGCGAGGCUCCUGUGACGCGUGUUGCCGACGUGGUGACCCCUCUUUGGACAGUGCCCUAUGCUGAGCAGCUGGAGCAGAAGCGACUGGAGUGUGAGCAGGUGCUGCAGAAACUCGCCAAGGAAAUCGGGCACACCAACCGAGCCAUGCUGCCCUGGCUGCUCUCACAGAGGCACAAGCACAACAAGGCCUGUUGCCCGCUGGAGGGGGUCCACCCGUCACCCCAGCAGACUGAGUAUCGUAAUAAGUGUGAGUUUCUGGUUGGCGUCGGGGUGGACGGAGAGAACAACACAGUUGGCUGCCGGCUUGGCAAGUAUAAGGGUGGGUCAUGUGCCGUGGCUGCCCCCUUUGACACCGUGCACAUCCCUGAAGCCACCAAGCAAGUGGUGAAGGCUUUCCAGGAAUUCAUUCGGUCCACGCCAUACUCGGCAUAUGACCCAGAGACAUACACAGGCCACUGGAGGCAGCUGACUGUGCGCACCAGUCGUCGUGGCCAGGCCAUGGCCAUUGCCCACUUCCACCCCCAGAAACUAAGCCCUGGGGAACUAGCAGAGCUGAAGGCCUCCCUAGCACAGCACUUUGUGGCAGGGUCAGGCAAGACCAGUGGGGUAACCUGCCUCUACUUCGUUGAAGAGGGACAGCGAAAGACUCCCAGUCAGGAGGGCCUGCCCUUGGAGCAUGUGGCUGGGGACCGGUGCAUCCACGAGGACCUGCUUGGGCUAACCUUCCGGAUCUCUCCUCACGCCUUCUUUCAGGUGAACACACCUGCCGCUGAGGUCCUCUACACAGUCAUCCAAGAGUGGGCCCAGCUGGAUGGGGGCAGCACGGUGCUGGAUGUAUGCUGUGGUACAGGCACUAUUGGCCUGGCCCUGGCCAGGAAAGUAAAGAGAGUCAUUGGGGUUGAGCUGUGCCCAGAGGCUGUGGAGGACGCCUGGGUGAAUGCCCACACCAACGAGCUGAGCAACGUUGAGUUCCACUGUGGAAGGGCUGAGGACCUGAUGCCUGCCCUGGUUAGCAGACUGGCCUCCCAACAGCUGGUGGCCAUCCUGGACCCACCCCGUGCUGGCCUACAUUCCAAGGUGAUCCUGGCCCUCCGCAGAGCUGAGAACCUCAAACGGAUCCUUUACGUCUCCUGCAAUCCCCGGGCAGCCAUGGGCAACUUUGUGGACCUCUGCAGGGCCCCAUCUAACCGCGUAAAGGGCAUCCCGUUCCAGCCUGUCAAAGCUGUGGCCGUGGACCUGUUCCCACAGACCCCACACUGUCCCGAGACCAGCGGCAGGCAGCUCUUCCAGAGCAGGGCCUAUCAUGGGGCCAGAAGGCAAGGGGACUCCCACAGCCCUGCCCAGGGACCCCAGGGUGCUCAGAGGCAAGCAAGCAGCUGGCUCCCACCAGGACCAGCCUGUUGCCAUGGGCUGUGGGCUGUGGGCUUCGGGCUCUGAACUCUGGGAAGACAGGUAGGCUCCUAUGGCCUGUUCCCCACCUGUGCCCUUACCAGAACAGCUAGGCUGUGAGGGCUGGAAUAAACAGUGCUAAACUUAAGACCGUCUCUGUGGUAAGCCAGCUUGGGCACACAGGGGCUCUCAAUCCUCCACUGAGGGUGCUGGGCAGGGCAGGUUGGGCAUGUUAGCCCUGUCUGCAUAGCUAGGGUGGAGGCUGGGUGCUAGAGCAGAUCCCCAAGCCCCACUGCUGGGAGAGUCAGUGCGGAGCUUGCAAACAAAUGUUGGAUUUUACACUUGAACCCAGGAAGAGGCAGAUAUGCAGACCUUGAGCAAGCGCCAGCUGGGUAGCAGGCUUGAGCAGUGGGCAGGCAGCCCACCUCCCCCACUGCAGUCAGAGGUCACAGUCCCAGCACCUGGCCAAGGGAAGGUCCCUUCUACACUCUCAGCCCAGGAGGGAUGCCAGUGACCAAGGAGGGACCCAGAACCACACAACCCUUGGGUGGUGCUCUGCCCCUGCUCCUGCCCUCUGAAGAAAAACAGUAGCCAUUCCCUUUCAGACAGUUUGCUUUAUGUGUUCAGACAAUCAAGGCUUGCCUUCCAGCCACAGUCCUGGGCCCAGAGGCAGAGGCUCCCUGCUCCCCAACCUCACAGCAGACUGUGUACAACUUGCACCCACACUUGGGGGGUGGGGUGUGGGGUGUGCACAGACCACGAGGGACCAGUGAGUCACGGCAAGGCUCCCUGGCCUCCAGGGGAACUUGUGCACAGAGCUUUGGUUCACAGGCGCAUCUGGCUGUCUAAGGGCAACAGUCACGAUCAAGUGAUAAUUCACAGCUGCAGACGGGAGGCAAGACAGAAGCAGGUAUCUAGUUACAGCAACUUGAUUCAGGGAUUUCUUUGAAACGUCAACACAGAAGCCAACCUUGGUCACACAGGUGGUGAGGGAAGGAUGUGCUGUGGGUGGCCCACAGGCUGACCCUAUGUCUUCCAGACA